ACAAACAGUUGUGGGUCUAACAGCAUUGAUUAUGUUCGCUCAAAAAUUUGGCUAUAACGCAGAUGGUUGGGUACUAAGCAUCAGCAACGAGAUUAGAUUCAAUAAAUUGGUUUUAAGGCACGAUACAAAGUUGAUAAGCCAAAGUGUCGGCUUCUCUUCUGACACUAGGUAUGUUGAGAUUCAGGCAAAGGGUACUGGUGCUGUUCUCAUCCAGAUAAGCCAUCAGUAUGAUUUGGAGGAGAAGGAAGCCAAUCCAAGCUAUAGGAUUCAGACUACAAUUAAGCCAAGGACUUCAUCAUCCAAACUGGAGCUAAACGUGUGCGUGGAUUUUGUGGAGAAGAGUAAGUUAAAGAAGUCCGGUAUGGCCAUUCUAGAGGUGUCCCUACCCUCAGGAUAUAUCUCGGACAAGUCCAGCUAUAAACAAAUUCUGGAUAUUGAACGAGUACGGUUUGUGGAUACGAAGAAUGAAAAAACCGUGGUAAUGGUGUACUUUGAAAAGUCUGACCAAGAAUGAAAUGAAAUGCAUUCCUGUCGAGGCGUACAGAGCAUUUGUGGUGACCAAUCUAAAGCCGUCC